AAGCUGAAUAUUAACAUGAAAAACGCCAUUUUUCUACUCGGCGCUGUUAUCAGCAUCGCCAUUCUCGACGUCGAUGCAGCUUCCGUCCACCGUCGCGAGAAGAGGCAUCAAAUCCUCAAUCCAGGUUAUGUCGGAGAUUAUUGGUCUGGUCCACAAAUCGGGGGAAACUUUGGCGGGCUGUUCGAAAGUGAAUCGAAUGCAGGAAGCAAGAGUCUCGUGAGACGUAACGGAGAAGACGGAGGAGGUGAUGCAAGCAGUAGCGCCAAUAGUUACAGUCAGAGCGGCUCUAGCGGUGGCGGAUUGAGUAGCAGCAGUAACUCCGCAAGUUCAGCGGGAGGAAACGGAUAUGGAACUUACAGUUCGUCGAAUUCGUGGGCAUCGGGGUCAGGAUAGGAAGGAUAAAGCAGCUAACUUGGACAAUAUAUUUACCUGUAAUAAGCCGGGUAUAAUAG